CUCUGGGCGAGGUCAGGCCGCCCCGCGCGGAAGAACCGCCCCCAGCGGCUGCACUGCCGCUGCGUAGCAGAGGAUCCCAGGCCCCGCCCUGGACGGCAACCGCACCAUGGACUCUCCGCGCCUUGCUAACUCCCACUUCUCCGCCAGCUCCACCAGUCCCAGCGCAGUAGUGCUCCUCUACGCGAAAGAGCUCAAAAAAUGGGACGAAUUUGAAGAUAUGUUAGAGGAGAGGAAGCAUGUCAGUGACUUGAAAUUUGCGAUGAAAUGCUACACACCUCUUGUCUAUAAGGGUAUUACUCCUUGCAAACCAAGUGAUAUUAAAGGUAGUGUUCUCAGUUCUGAAGAGAUUCAUUAUGUCAUUAAACAGCUUUCCAAGGAGUCCUCUCAACCCAUCGAUAUCCUCCGAGAAGAAGCUUCUGAAAUCUUGGAUGAAAUGAGUCACAAACUGCGUGUGGGAGCCAUUCGAUUUUUUGCCUUUGCCUUGAGCAAAAUAUUUAAACAAAUUUUCUCAAAAGUGUGUGUGAAUGAAGAAGGUAUUCAGAAACUGCAGCGUGCUAUCCAGGAGUACCCUGUUGUCCUGCUGCCCAGCCAUCGCAGUUACAUUGAUUUCCUGAUGCUGUCCUUCCUUCUGUUCAGCUAUGAUCUGCCUGUGCCUGUGAUAGCAGCAGGGAUGGACUUCCUGGGGAUGAAGGUUAUUGGGGAGCUGCUGAGGAUGUCGGGUGCCUUCUUCAUGCGUCGUACCUUUGGGGGCGAUAAACUCUACUGGGCCGUGUUCUCCGAAUAUGUGAAGACUAUGUUGCGGAAUGGUUAUGCUCCUGUUGAAUUUUUCCUCGAAGGGACAAGGAGCCGCUCUGCCAAGACAUUGACUCCUAAAUUGGGUCUCCUGAAUAUUGUGAUGGAACCAUUUUUUAAAAGAGAAGUUUUUGAUACCUACCUUGUCCCAAUUAGCAUCAGUUAUGAUAAAGUAUUGGAAGAAACUCUUUAUGCCUGUGAGCUUCUAGGAGUUCCUAAGCCAAAAGAAUCCACAACUGGAUUGUUGAAAGCCAGAAGGAUUCUCUCUGAACACUUUGGAAGCAUCCAUGUAUACUUUGGAGACCCUAUAUCACUUCGAUCUCUGGCAGCGGGGAGGAUGAGUCGGAGCCCAUAUAACUUGGGUCCAAGAUAUGUCCCGCAGAAACCAUCUGAGGAAAUGCACUCCUUUGUCACUGAAGUUGCCUACAGAAUGCAGCUUCUGCAAAUUGAAAACCUUAUCCUGAGCCCGUGGGUCCUGAUAGUAGCUGUUCUGCUUCAGAACCGCUCAUCCAUGGACUUUGACACCUUGGUGGAGAAGACCCUGUGGCUGAAGGCCUUGACCCAGGCAUUUGGCGGGUUCCUGUGGUGGCCGGAUAAUGAACCUGCUGAAGAAGUUGUCCAAUCCAGCAUUCUUCUGCAUUCCAACCUUGCCAGCCUUGUCAAAGACCAAGUAAUUCUGAAAGUGGACUCUGGAGACUCAGAAGUGGUCAAUGGACUUGUUUUCCAGCACAUCACUCUCCUUAUGUGCUCAGCUUAUAGGAACCAGUUGCUCAACAUCUUUGUCCGUCCUUCCUUAGUAGCUUUAGCCUUGCAGAUGACACCUGGGUUCAGGAAAGAGGAUGUCUACAGUUGCUUUCGCUUCCUAUGCAGUGUCUUCUCAGAUGAGUUCAUCUUCCUUCCAGGAAACACACUAAGGGACUUUGAAGAAGGCUGUUACCUGCUUUGUAAAAGUGAGACCAUACAGGUGACCAUGAAGGACAUCCUUGUUACAGAGAAAGGAAAUGGUGUGUUAGAAUUUCUAGUAGGACUUUUUAAACCUUUUGUGGAAUGUUACCAGAUAAUUUGCAAAUACCUCUUGCAUGAAGAAGAGGACCACUUCACUGAGAAAUACUACUUGGCUGCAGUUAGAAAAUUCACAGAUCAGCUUCUUGAUCAAGGUACCUCUCAGUGUUACGAUGUUUUAUCUUCAGAUGUGCAGAAAAAUGCCUUGGCUGCUUUCGUGAGACUCAAUGUGGUGGAGAAGAAAAAGAUAAAUAAUGACUACAUAUACAGUGUGAAUGAACCUGCCAUGAGCAAAUUAGAAGAGAUGCUUGGUUGUAAAACACCAAUAGGAAAACCGGCCACUGCAAAACUUUAAUAAUCACCAAGCAGUUAUGGAAAAUUUGGAUACAUAAUUACUGUUACAAAGGACUCACUGCUUCAAACAGGGACAUAAUGGAAGAGACACAUCUUGUGCUCUGCAAGACUUUGUGAUCUGCAGACUGAGUGGAGGAAUCGAUUGGUGUGAGCCAUCAGGGUAAUCUUCGAACCAUGACAGUUAAUGGUGUUUGUGUCCACUCUGUGUGUGUUUUAAAAUAAAACAGUCUUUUGAAAAUGUG